GCAGUGGGUCCUCCCUACUUCCAGCAGUCUCCAUCUGGUGAUUGAGUAGCUGCUUCUGUUACUCCCAGUCACAGAGGUGCGUCCCUGAGUCUGAAGGGGUUGGCACAAUGGCCAGGUGCCUCACUGUGGUGUUGCUCCUUGCCUCCAUCUGGACCACAAGACUCCUGGUUCAAAGCUCUCUCCGAAUUGAAGAUCUUUCCUUCUCAGGACCUUGCAGAAUUAUGGGAGUCACCUUUGUGAGCAAAACGAAGGUGCAAAUGAAUUUCACAGAAGCCAAGGAGGCAUGUAGGCUACUGGGACUACUGAUGGCCAGCAAAGCCCAGGUAGAAACAGCGUGGACGUUGGGCUUCGAGACUUGUAGCUUUGGCUGGGUGAUAGAUGGGUCCUCUGUGGUCAUCCCUCGGAUUCUCGCAAACCCCAAGUGUGGGAAGAAUAGGGUUGGCGUCCUGACUUGGAAAGUUGCCGCUCACCAAAGGUUCGGGACCUAUUGCUACAACUCGUCUGAUAUUUGGGUUAACUCGUGCCUUCCAGAAAUUCUCACCACCAAGGAGCCUACACUCGAAACUCAAACUUCAACAUAUCCAGCAAAAAUCAAUGUCAAUGACAGUUCAUAUUCAACAUCAUCUUAUUCCUCUGCUCCUGCUCUGACUACUGCUCCUGCUAAAGCUUCUACUUCCAGUUCACGGAAACGGAAAUUAAUCUGCAUGACAGACAUUUACGUGGAAACAACUACCACAGUCACAGAAAGCAAUUUACAUAUUGGAAGUCAAGGGGCCUCUAAGAAGGAAGCUGCUGAGUUUGGAGGUGUUCCCACGACUCUGCUUGUGCUCGCCCUCCUCUUCUUUGCGGCUGCAGCUGGCCUCGCGGUCUGCUAUGUGAAAAGGUACGUGAAGGCCUUCCCAUUUACAAACAAAAGUCAGCAGAAGGAAAUGAUUGAAACCAAAAUAGUGAAGGAGGAGCGAGCUAACGACAGCAAUCCGACUGAGGAAUCAAAGAAAACUGACAAGAAGACAGAAGAGCCCAAGAUUCCACCUAAAACCGCAGUGCGGUGCCUAGAAGCUGAAGUUUAGAUGAGACCGAAAUGAGAGGACACACAUACGACGGCUUUCUUUCUUGCUGUCCAAGUAUCCCACCCCCAGCUGGGGAAAAUCAAAGGGCCAAAGAACCAAAGAAGAAAGUUCAUCCUUGGUCCCUAACUGGAAUCACUCGGGGGCACCUGUAGACUCCGGAGUUCAUCAAAGGGAACUCCUCCUUUCUUAGUGCUUCCUGGAUCCUACCCUCCUACCUCCAAAGCCUUUCUAGUCUAAUUAUGUCCUAAUCAAAUCCCAGCAGGGAAAAGGAGCCUUGCAAAAAACCCAGGAACCUAAAAUCAGUACGCACUGGUGAAAGGGCCGCUCGGUUGGCCUGGAAAUCCGUGAGUUGGAAGCCGAGGAGCCACUGAGUCCAGGCGUUCUCUGUCGACUCCCCUGGCCCAGAUCCUUCCUUAGAUCGGAAAGAGGAACAGUUACAUCACCCUGGCAUGCCCGCCUGAGCCAGACAAGAGGGAAGGGCGGGAAGACAGAGUCUAGCACGUGAGGCCAUGGCGGUUCAUGUGACUAGAGACCUAAUCUCCACAAAGCCAACAUAAAUAGAUAAAAAGAACGAGGCCAAAGCCUAUUGUCAGAAGGGUCUACAAACACAGACAAGGUCAAAGCAUUCUUCUUUGGAUGAUUGCAGUUGGAAUCACACUUUAUUACACCCACACUUUGUUUUCUCUCUCUUUUGCUACUGCUAUUUUCUCCAGAAGAAACAAUAUAUUAUUAUGUGAAACAACCAAAAAAACACAAAUCUGAAAUACAGAAACUAUUACUGAGGUAAAUACAUAUAUUUACAGUAAUAAAACUCAUUUACAGUAAUAAAACUCAACAUGCAUUUACAUCCAACACUGUGCAAGGUAUUACAUUCUGCAAUUGAAUGUGAUUAGUUUUAAAAAUUGCAUAUAGUAGGAUGUUGUCUGAGGCUAAUGUUUUGCAGUUCUUAUAUAUCUAGCUUAUCCUCUCCCAGUACUAACGUUAUUUUGCUAACACUAAUCUAUUCAUUAUUUUCUCUAAAUGGCAACCAUCGUAAUCUUAAUUUAUUAUUAACAUGCCCAAGAAGACCAUUAUUACCUCUGUACAUCAGAGCCCAUUUUAAAUGCCAUUAAUAAAUGCCUUAUGAGCUCCCUUGUUUCAGCAAGAGGAGUUUGUGAAGUGCAGAGAUAUGUGGGCUGGAAAAAUAAAAGCAAUUAGAAACCUU